GUCUUUCACUAUGGCAAUCUCAAAAGCGCAAAAACAAGUAUUAGGCUUGCGCAGAUACUGCCCGGCAGCGGGAGCAAAGGCGUGGCGAUCGAUCUCAUCGAGUCGUUCGUCAGCGGCCGAGGCAAGGGACUGUAUGAUGCCUUGUCUUACACCUGGGGCAGCGGAGAGCGUAAUAAAAAUGUGACCUGCAAUGGCCGGCGUCUGGCCGUCACGCAGACGCUGCUUGAAGCUCUCCAGCGUUUCCGUGACCCGGUCAACACUGUCACGCUGUGGAUCGAUCAGAUAUGCAUCUGCCAGGAGCGCAUCAAGGAGCGCAACCAGCAAGUGUCAAUGAUGGGAGACAUCUUCACGAACGCGCGCAAGGUGAUCGUCUGGCUUGGCGAG